AUGAAGGGUCUUAGUAUAGUAGCCAAAAGAUAUAACUCCAUUCUAUCGAGUGCUAUCCCAUCUGGAAAAUCUUUCAAUAGCUUUUUCCCCAACACUAUCACGAAGGUCUUAUUCAAUAAGGGGGCUACCACGAUUACUUUUACACAGGCAGAAGAUCAAGAUCCUAAGACGGUAUCCUUCAGUAAUCUAUUUCUAAGGGAUUCUUCUCGAAGCAAAAGUUCCAUUGAGGCAUCUUCUGGUCAAAAGCUGUUCACUACGGGGGAAUUGUUGUUAAACCCCAAGUCAACCAUCCCGGAGAUUGUUGAAGUGACAGAGAACAAGAAAGGGCUUUACAUCAAAUGGGGCGAUGGAGACGAAUACACGUACCCGUUAAACUUUAUCUCAAGAUAUGCUGGCAUUUCUGAGAACGCAAGGGAACCAAAUCCAGUGCUUUGGGACAAGGCACUACUGAAAUCUAAUAUCAGAGAGCUUGUAUCGAUUGAUUUCCACUCAUUUAUGGAUAUAAACGACUCUGAUAAAUUGUAUCAGACUCUAAUUAAUAUGAAAAAGUAUGGAAUAUCUUUUAUUACAAAUGUUCCAAAAGAAGCCACUACAGGGUAUGAUUCGUGGUACGUUAAACAAAUUGCAGAACGUAUCGGACACAUAAGGCAUACAUUCUAUGGAGAAACUUUUGACGUGAUUAACAAACCGAUGGCUGAGAAUAUUGCAUAUACUAAUGUGCCCCUUCCAUUGCACCAAGAUUUGUUGUAUCUCGACAAUGUUCCAGGAUGGCAAUUAUUGCACGCGAUAAAGAAUUCAUCAGGUCCCAGCGACUCGGGAAUGAACUUAUUUGUGGAUUCGUUCAAUGCAGCCAGAUAUGUGAGAGAUGUAGAUGGGGAUGCUUAUGAAGCGCUCACCCACGUUCCCAUCAAUUACAUUUACAACAGAGAUGAUAAAAGGUAUUUCCAAUCUCGCCCGUUAGUGGCUGAGAAUGAGAUUAAUGCUGAUAAUAUCAAUACGGCUAAUUACUCUACAUUAAUUAAGGAAAUCAAUUAUUCACCUCCUUUCCAAGCGCCCUUUAGUUUUGGAAUAUGGGAAAAGCCCAAAGGUUCCGAAGUGUCUACACCAGUUGGGAAAAUGACACAAAGGCUUUUAUUCAAGGAUUUUGCUAGAGGUUUGUCCGUUUUCGAAAAAUUUAUCAGAGCACCUGAAAACACCUUUAGAGUCAAGCUUCCCGAGAACACUUGUGUCAUUUUCAAUAACAGAAGAAUCUUACAUGCUAGAACGGCUUUCGAAGGUGAAAGAUGGCUCAAGGGGUGUUACAUCGAUGAUGACACAGUACAAAGCAAGUAUCGGUUGUUGGCGGAAAAGUAUACUAAAUAA